AUGGGCUCUCACGCGACAGUCUCCCCUCAACCUCACGUCCCACCUUCGGGCGUUUGGUGUCCCGCCGUUACCUUCUUCAACCACGCCACAGACUCCCUCGACCUGACCGCGCAAUCCCAAUAUUUUGCCUAUCUGUCUCGAACAGGUCUGGCCGGCUUGGUCAUUCUCGGCACCAACUCAGAAGCUUUCCUGCUCACUCGUGAGGAACGCGCUCAACUUAUUGCCACUGCUCGCGCGGCUGUUGGACCCGAUUUCCCUUUGAUGGCCGGUGUUGGCGCCCACUCGACCAAACAGACUCUCGAACUCGCCCAAGAUGCUGCCGCAGCGGGAGCCAACUACGUCCUCGUCCUUCCCCCAGCAUACUUUGGAAAAGCCACCAACAUGAACGUCGUCAAGCGAUUUUUCUCCGAAGUCGCCGCUAAAUGUCCCAUUCCCGUCGUCCUCUAUAACUUCCCCGGCGUGUGUAACGGCGUUGACAUGGAUUCAGAGACUAUCGCCGCCAUCGUGCGGGAAUCUGCUGCCUCCAAUGCCAACGGCCAGUCCAACGUUGUAGGUGUUAAGCUGACCUGCGGUUCGGUGGGAAAGAUCACCCGGCUGUCAGCCACAUUCAAGCCGGAGGAAUUCGCGACCUUUGGAGGACAAUCCGAUUUCCUGAUCGGCGGUCUCGCCGCAGGCAGUGCUGGGUGCAUUGCCGCGUUUGCCAAUGUAUUCCCCAAGACUGCGUCGCGCGUCUAUGCCCUGUACCAGAAGGGUCAGGUCGAGGAAGCCAGGAAGCUGCAGGGUCAGGCUGCGUUGGCGGAGAGUCCCAUCAAGAGUGGUAUCGCAUCAACCAAGUAUGCAGUCGCCCACUACACGGCUCCACUAGCAGGUAUUGCCGGUGCAGAGGAGAUGUUGCAGCCGCGCCAUCCUUAUGAGCCCGUGGCAGAGGCGUCUAAGACGGCUGUCCGGGAGGUGAUGGCUGAAGUGGGAGAAAUCGAGAAGAGCUUGUAA